AAAAGAAAUAUAUGGAACGGCAUGACGAGAGAAAAAACUAAUUCUAUGAUAAGCUCAUCUGCUUUGCAAAAAUCAUUCAAUUCGCAUUCUACCGCGUUUGUAGAAUCACUGUAGUGCUAGAGGAACUCCAGUACAAGUCUUCGUUCACACAGUGGGAGAGAAAAGUGCAACUCAACGAUGGUUUGGACGCGACCUGCUGAUGUUCCCUAUCCUUCCGUGUGGCACACCUUCCUGGCCAAAGACCUAAACAGUGAGGAACAGGUGACCUACGUCGUACAGGAUUUACCGGAAGAGCGUUUCGAGGACGCUAUCAAACACAUGGUGGGAAUCUUCAUUUACGAUGAACCGAUGUGUAGAGCGAAGAAGCUUGCGGAGGAACAGCAAAGUGUUGAUGACAUCUACGCACUGUGGCGAGAGGUAGUGAAACAGCGGCUGGCGUUGGUUUGUUUCAGGGAGGGUUCAGAUGAAAUUGUUGGCCUUAAUAUGACGUACGCUUCCUGCAAAGAUGACAAACAUGACUCUGUCAUCCAUGGCCCUCGCUGGCGCGAUGUUCAUGAUGCCGUCAUGUAUAUGACCGACCGCAGCAAGGUGCACGAAACCUAUCAGGUGGACGCGUAUCUUUCGGCGCUAGGACUGUCCGUUACACCCAAGUAUCGUGGUCGUGGAAUAGCGACGGAGAUUCUACGCGCCCGAGCUCCAUUGUGUCGAGCCGUUGGACUUAAGCUAACCUCCACUGUGUUCACCGCCAUUGGGUCGCAAGUUCCAGCCGCCAAAGUGGGUUUCGUCGAAACAUUCGUAAUGGACUACGAAGAGCUGGCAAAGGUUGAAUCGAGGUUUACUUUUCCGGGAAUCCAGAGUCGCUUUUGUAAAAGUAUGACACUAAGAGUUGACUAGGGCUUAGCAUGAAGAAGUUGAAGUACCGAACAGUAGAUUUCAACCAAAAGAGAAGAUUGGAACUACGAUCCAAAUAUGAGGGAAUAAAUUGAUGAAUGAGGACAGUAAAAGUCGGGAAAUCAUCGAACUAUUUUUAAAAGUUUUACACCGCAUACACUCAAACACAGUUUCGGAAACUGUUUUUAAAUACGAAAUGAAAAAUCCGCUGUACCUGCAACCCGAGGAAUAAGUUUUGAAUAGAUGUUACCAAAUAUACAGCCAUUAUCAGCGAUAACCGUGUCUAAAACAGUUGUCAUUGGAGUAGAUUUGAAAAAUAUACGAAAACUGUUCUUGAAAUAAUGUUACCUUAGCUAGCCAUUAAACGAAACCAGCACAUAAUAGAGAAAAGAUAAAAAGAUUGUACAAUGCUACAUUUUUGUUGUUUACUGGAUUUUACAAUGUUAUACAGCAGAUUUCAGGAUACCAAUCAAAUUAAAUGUACUACACCAGA